AGCAGAGCGCAGAAAUGCGUUGUUUGUAUACUCACCAGUCCCACCUCACGCCAUGUUCGCUAUGAUCGACUCAUAGCUCGCAAUCGCUGGCUGUAUUUCACACACAAGAGUGUCUACAAAAGGUGACUUCUGUGGCCAAGGUAGUCUGUCAUCACGACCCAGUUCAUCAUCAACGGGUACUGAGACUCCAAAUCGCUUCCACUUCAUAGCACAAUUCCACUUCCACCAUGCAUUUCGAACUCGUUCUCGCCAGUCUAGCGGCCUUCGCUGCGGCUGUUCCGGUCGAAAUGGCUCACGAUGGCAGCUACGGCUCAUACGCGCCAUACGCAGGGUACAACCCCUACUCCAGCGCAGUCGAGCAGGAGGCUGCUAAGAUGCAGAAUGAAGCUAUGAACAUGAAGCGCGAUGGCAACAUGGGCCAAGCCAGCGACAUCAAGUACUUGAGCUACACGCCGUACGCGCUCUACGGGCCGUACUCUGCGGCAGUCGACUCUGCGGCGGCGAUGAUGGAAGAGAUGGACAAGGCCACGAAGCGCGACAACAUGAUGAUGGAUAACGCCAUGAUGGCGACGAAGGGAGAGGAACUUGCUAACCCGGCGUCGCCCUACGACCCGAUGGCCCAAGAGAAGCGCGACAUGCUGAUGACGGACUCCAUGAUGCUCGACCCCAUGACUGCCACUGCCACGGACGAUAUGAAGCGCGAUGUGAACCAUCCUGAUGCAGCGGAGAUGGCGUCUUCCCCUGACUCUGCGGCUGCCGGUACACUGCCUAAUAACUGGUAUGGGAAAUACGAGUAGUCCGUAUACCGACUAUGGCAACUAUCCCGGUAUGGCUGAGUAGACUUGGGCUGAGGCUCGAGGGAUGGACUACGUGCG